AUGCAUCAACGUCAAUCCUCCACAACUCCCCUCCUCCCUCCCUUCCCCUCCCUUCCAACCCCCACACCGUCCUACGCCCACCCAACCCACGCCUCCCAACAACGCAGGCAUACGCCGCCUACACCCCGCACGCGCGCGCUCGCCCAGGCGGGGGAGGACCUGCCCGGCUUGGGCCUGGGGCUGCCGUAUGAUUAUACCGGGCUCGGACAGGGGUAUGGGCAAGGAUAUGGUUAUGGGUAUGGACAUGGACACGGUGGGUAUGGGUAUGGGUAUGGGUCAGGGAGGUAUACGACUCCUGGGGAAGGGGGACCGUCAUAUACCCCUCACUCGAGGAACACCUCCGAGUCGCAUCCUCCCCCUCCCGCACAAGCUCCCUACGCCUACGGCAGCACGCGAACGACCUCGACCUCCCACUCCAACUCGCACACAUCCCACUCCCACUCCCACUCCAACUCGCAAUCACAAGCGGCAAGCACAGGCUCGGGCUCGGCGUACCCUAGUUGGCUGCCUCGCCGGCCUGUGGGCCCGGGGCCAGAAGGAUGGUGGACUGAGAGUUUUGAGGGUGAUGGGGGUGGGGGCGGGGAUGUCGUCCUACCUGGGGAAACGCCAUCAGCACACUCUGAAGGAGAGGCGGAAUUGGAGGCGGAGGCGGAGGGAGAAGAAGACCUGACAGUGCUCGCUCCUGUGCAGAGUAAGCGGUCUUCUGCUACCCAAAAGCCCGACGUGCGCGAGAAGGAAAAAGAAAAGGAAAAGGACAAGGACAAGGAGCGUAAAACCGAGCGCAGAGUCCGGGUUUCCGGCGCACCCCGUUUACCCAGUUUCUCUUUCGGUACCUCCGCCCCCAAAACGGAGCCCUCUUCCCCCCCAAGAGAGAAACGGCACAGCGCCGGAGAGAGGCAGGCCACGCCCAGGCGGGUGAUCGUCCGUGGUGUGCAGCCCCCUCCUCCAGCGCGGACGAGCGAAGACCGAGAACCAAGGAUCACCUUCCCCACUCUCCCUUCUGUGCCGUACGGCAAACGACACACGCACCAGCCGUCUUCUUCCCAGUCUCAGCCACCAUCAAGCUUUGGCAGGAACAACGAUUUUCUCCGACCUGAGAGUGCUGGCUCGGGCGUGCAGUAUCAUCCUCCCUCGCCCUCCCACUCUGCAGCGGAAAGCAGCACCGGACUGCUCCCUGUACCGGUAUACAAGCACCCGCUCUUCCGCCCUGAGCUGCUACUCGACCCCACCUGGAGUGCAAAGGCCCACUACCGCCUGCUCCCGGUACUCGCAUUUGCCCACCUGCCCGCCCAAGUCUUCCUAGACAUCCACACGCUCUACAUCCUCGUCCUCUCCGCCCGUUUCCCGCCUCUCGAGUCCCCCACCGUCCCCUCCUCAGGCCGGAACUGGGCACUCGCUACGGCCGCCUAUGCCGGAUGUGUGUUCCUCCAGCUCAUAUGCGUGUUCCUGUUAUACGAAAUCCUGUACUGCUUCUACCGCCGGUGGCGCGCCUCCCGCCCGUCAAUAACGAGUAUCUACCUCUCCCGACCAGCGAGCACGUUCGUAGCCCUCAGCUCCUUUGCCCACUUCUCCUUCCUGAACCAGGUCCGUCGAUCAGCUUGGCGCUCUCGGUCCCCCCGCGCCCCGGGAGGGUGGAGAGACGGAUUAGCGGAGACGUGCUACCUCUAUUCCCAGAACGGGUGGACGGUCGCUACGCUCCUUCCGAGGGGAGCACUGGCCCUCGCCCUGCUGCUGGCAUUCUGGCUCCCUCCUCCGGGAGGAACGGUCUUCCAAGGCUCAUCGAGCACGACACUGGAAGACGCGAAAGACGGACUGUAUUUCCUGCCUUCGGGCGCGCUGACAACCUAUGCGAAAACAGUGCUUGCCCUGAACGCAGCCUGGGCACUGUUCCGCACUACUGUCCUCCUCCUUGCUUGGUUAGGCCUGUGGGCGCUCUCUGGCUUGGCGUGCGCGGGUCUGUGUGGCCCUAGGAACAAGUGGGAGGAAACGCGCUGGGGGGAAAAGGAGAAAGAGGGUUUGGGUCGGUCUUCCUAUGCCUACGCCCACGGGUAUGGCUAUGGCUAUGUGUACGGGGAAGGGGAGCCGUUACCCUGGGGAUGGAGGGAACGCACGCGGGAGAGGAUCAGAGAAGCCUGGGAGUUUUGUCUCGCUGACCGUUCUGGUCGGAGACUGGGCGCAGUCAGUCCUGUCCCCCCUCCGUCCGUUCCUUACCCCCCUCCAAGUGGGAGCCCGCACCCGAUCACCGGAGUGGAGGAAACGAGGCCCCGGGAAGGGCCUAGGAUGAGUCUGGACGACCCUACCCCCGAGCCAGCGGGGGAAAGGGACUUGAGCAGGAUAAUGCAGCAUUUUCUUGCUGGUCCGCUUUCUCAGUUCCCGCUCCCUCCGUCCCAGAGCGCGGGGGCGGGGGUGCAGAGUCCGCAGCAGCCCGCGCUUGUGGGCUCGGGCGUGUUUGGCCCGCUUACUGCUUCUGGGUCCGGCUCGGGCUCGGGUGGGCAGACGGUGACUGCUCUUCCUACUCCUGCGCUUGGGGGACAGGGGUUCGCCCAGACUAGGCAGGAGAUGCGUGUUCUGCCUAGCGUGCGCUCCCAGCAGCCCGAGCUGGUCCAUCCCCAGAGGAGGGAAAGCGUCGCCCUCGAUUUAGGGGAGGCGGAACUCGCUGCCCGUGUUCAGAAGAUCUUGCUCGACUGGGUCGAUCCGGACGAAGAUGACACGCUUGCUCAAGCGCUGUUGGGCAACUCGCCCCGUUCUAGAAGGCAGAGAACGGGUACGGGGGAACAUGAGCGUGAACUCGCGCGCGACGAGCAAAGGAGAAGAGAGAAGCAGGCGAUUGACAGUGCUCAGGCUGGGCCUGUGGCUGUUCUUGAACAGGCUCAAUCUGCCCCAGGCGAGGAAGGCGCGGGUCAGCGCAGGAGCUACCCACCGGAGGAAGGACGCUCUGCGAGCAUGUCCUCCCUCGGCCAGCCUCUCCUACCUGGGCAGAGCCAGUUCGAGUACUUCAGGCCUGGGAGUCGGACACAGUCCACCGCGAGCGGCUCGGCUGCUGUCACUUCCCCCACGUCUCCUACUUCUCCCCUCUCUCGCGGUGGGUCGCAGAGCAUCUCCAACCUUUCACCUACGUCCCCUGGUCAUGCGCAUACGGACUCGAAUGGGUCGCAGGCGAUCUCAGACCCCGGCGUGCCUAUGCUUGCAACGCGUUUCAACCCCUCAAUGGGCAACAUCGCUCGACCGCAACAUGCCCAUCAUCCGCCAAGCCAGUCCGCAAGACCGCGUGCUCAAGCACCCAGUUCAGGCGAGAGUUCACUACGCUCCGUAGCAGCGAUCUUUGUUGGUCGACCGGCAGGAGUCGAAUCAGGUCGCAUUGGUCCGCCACCUGCUUUGAUCAAUGAAGAUCCUGUUCAGGAACACGAUCCGGGCGAAGAGGGCGACGAGGAGGAAGUCAGCCCAGAGGAGGAAAGUAGUGAAGGAGGACCGAGCCGGGGCGCUUCGGUGAGCCGCUUGAUGCGGCCUUCCCGGAGUCUCGCAGAGUCGGUUUCAUCAGGUUCCAACUCGAUUUCCGGGCGUGUACAGGCUGAGCCUGAGUUGCUGUCCAGUUCGGGCGGGCCCAACAGACAGCUUAUCACGUCCGAUCCUGAGGGAUCCUAUUACUCGAGUGCACGCUCUCAGGCUCAGAGCCCCGAGAGUAGUCCCGAAGGGUCGCGUGCGUCGCCAAUUGAAGGAGACGAGGAACCGAUAGUGGACCGAACCUUUGGCAGACAGUCGGAUUGGACGUCUCAGCUUGAAGCUGAAGAGACCCCCCCGCCGUCUGCGCGAAGCUCUGGUUCCACACGACCGAGUAUCAUUGGAACUCCCAGACGACAGGCAAGCGUGGACACUGGAUCCCCGAACUUGACGAUUCGACGAGAAUUGCCGGCUGGAACGCUCACGUCCACACUUCCCGCUCCUAUCCCCAUACGCUCCCCACCUUCAUCUCAUCUUCGACCGCAGCCAUCAGGCGAGACCAUCUCUGCUGCGAGUUCAGUGCCUCCAUUACCCGGCAGCAGUGCCAACGAUUCGUUUGUUACGGCACCCAUCAUGCAGAACGACGCCGACAUGCCUCCCCCUGUGCGAAGCUAUGGCGCAUGGCUGAGCAGAAACCGUCCGGAAGGCGAGAGCUUCGGCGGCAACCCGAUGUGAAUCAGAACAGAAAAAAAGCUUGAAUGUAGACGACACGACCUCGUUACGACGCACAUGGACCACUGAGUGUAUAGUCAUGCUCCCCAUCCAAUACCGCCAUACCGAUAUAUUCGUUCCAAUGUCUGUGACCCCCUUGACCAACCCCUUUACCUUCUUAUCCGAUAUUUCGCCCCUACCAUGACUUCUUGCAUUGGUCUACUUCAUACUGCAUCGUUU